AAGGUGCACGCGGACUUAACAUGGAUUUGAGUUGCACCCGAUAAUAACUCGUCAAACAGUUUCAGCUUUAAAUGACGUCAGCAUGUUUUUUUAAAACCUAGCGAUUAUAUAUAACAUCACCUUCUUGGCUUCUUACGUUAAAGUUAUCAUCCGACCGCCAGAUAUAUUUCCCCGCCUCCAUCCUCGCCGUUGUUUCAUAUAAUAUUUCGAAUCUAGCGGUUUUUAUUGGACGUGAGUAAUCUCAUCUCAUCUCAUCACCGGAAAAAGAUGGCGUAUGCAAAAAUCGGUUACGGCGGGAGUUAUCUGGUGCAACGCGGCGUAUUAGAGCAUCCGUGUGGUUCCGAUCAGAAUGCGAGAUCGCUGCUUUCAUCGUCGUUUCCGAUCAGUCUAGUUGGUAAUCGGCGAUCUAGCGUGGGAACGAUCUCGGCGUCGAUAGCGGAGGCCGUGACUGAGAUAGAGAAACAGAGAGGAGGAGGAAGAAGAAGCAGAGGAGGAGGAGGAGAUCGUAGAGCGGUAGAGUUGGAGCGUGAGAAGCUAGACAGGUGGAUGAAGGAAUCGGUGACUGAGAUCGUUAAGAAUCUAAGCGAAGCGCCGCUGUUAGUUCAUUUGUACUCCAACGAGGGAACGGUGGUGGUGAUGAAAGCGGAGGAAUGGGCGGCGGUGAAGGGGAGAUGGGAGAGAGGAGAGGCGGAGAUGCCGGAGGGGAUAGUAUUCGUGGAGCAGUUAGGAGCGGCGGAAGAGGAGAGCUGCGGGUGUGGUUUUGACGGUGGAGACGGCACACGUGCGUGGGGGUUGGUGGUCCAAGGGAAAGGAGUUGAGUGUGGGCCGGUUUGUUAUCUGCUAAAAACGACACGGGUCGGGUCAGUAACAGGGUCAGGAUCUGGGUCGGGUCUAGGGAUGAGGUGUACGCAUUUCUGUUUAGCUAAGGUGUCGAGUUUUAGAGAGACUUGUGAAUCUCAGCUUAAGAAUUGUUGGCUAGUUGGUAAUUGAGAUAAAUUGAAAAGCUGAAAACUUACCUAAAAUCAUGUAAAUAUAAAUUUAUUUAACCAAUUUGGGGAUAAUAUCAAAAAUAUGUUAAUUAUGUAAA